AUGGCCGCCGCUGAUCAACUCCGUUACGCGGCUCAGCUGAUCGAGCUGGCGCGCAGCGAAGAGACGGAAGACGGCAACCCGCUCACAGCGGUGCGCUACUACACAACAGCGAUGGAGAUUAUCGCCUCAGAGGCGUCGAACCUAGCGGCGUUGAUUACGAGGAAUGAGGCGCGUCGCUUCUUUCUCUUUCAAGUCCGGUCGAAGCUCGACAUGUACUACCAACGCGCGGAACUGCUUCUGCAAGUCGCGAGCGGAUCGGGGCUUCUCGACAAGCCCAGUAUUGGCAACGGCGACACCCCGCCUUUCCAAGUUAGCUACCCACCUGCGCUCUACACGCCGGCGGUGGCGAGCGACAAGAGCAAUAGUGGCGACGGCGCGGGCGGUGGUGGUAGUGUACUUGGCAUUCCGCUGCUGCCACAGCAGAUGAUGCCCACCGCUUCACCCCCUCAAACUCAAUCUGGGCAUGGCAACUCCAACGAGCUGCCGAUAAGCCUCUACCUGAAGCCUGAUGACGACGGAACCGCAGCACCGCCGCCGGUGACAUCGGAGCUGGAUCUUGACAAGCUCAUGAAGAACCUCGGCGCACCACCAGAUAUGUAG